GGAGCAAGCCCGUGAAACGCAAGACCAACAACAAAGUCAUGGCAACAUCUGGAACUGGCCGACCUCCCCUCAGCAUCCUACGAGAUGAUAAUUCCCCCAGUGCUCCUACCCCUCGCCAGGGUAAGAGGCACGUGUUGGGAGAGAACCUUGGGGAGAAGAAGGAAGUGACAGUGGAUCUGAGCAGGAGCAUCAAAUCUGGGAAUUGUACUUGGAGUGACUUGAACAAAGAGAACCAGCAGUGUCCUUUUGUGGAGAACUAG